GAGACAAAGAGGAGUCAGGAUUAGACAUAAAGACAGAAAUUAAUUUGGUCGUGUUUUCAGAUUGGAGAUGAAGUUUCUCCUCAGAGCUCUCAGUGCUCUGCUCUGUUGCUCGUUGUCCUGCCCUCAGACUCUGGAUCCUGCUGGGAAAAACGUCUGCCGGAAUAUGAGGGAUCCCUCUACACUGAUGUGUUGCCCCGGAUGGCGUCAAGAGGGAAAAGACUGCACAAUACCUGUAUGUGAGGGUGAGCAGGCAUGUUUGAAGGGUGAGAUCUGUCUAUAUCCUGGAUUGUGUCGCUGUCCAGCUGGCUAUUAUGGUGCUGAGUGCAAAACCCACUGCCCUCCUAAGUUCUGGGCUCCAGACUGUCGUCAGGUGUGUAAGUGCUAUCCCAACGGGCGUUGUCAUCCGGUCACUGGCAACUGCAUCUGCAACCCAGGCCACUGGGGUCCGCUGUGCCAGCACACCUGUAGAUGCUCCCUCCACGGCCGCUGCCACCCAAUCCACGGAAACUGCACCUGCGACAUCAGCUGGUGGGGUUCAGCCUGUGCCAAGCAGUGCCAGUGUGACAUCGGAGGGUCCGUAGGCCCCAGCUGUGACCAGCUGACAGGCCGGUGUCAGUGCCACAAGGGACACUGGGGGGCGAAGUGUUUGCACAUGUGCCACUGUAACCAGUCACCGUGUAAUCAACGCAAUGGUGUGUGUGACUGCAAGGCUGGGUGGUGGGGAACCAGCUGUGACCAGAAUUGUAAAUGUGACCUCAAACACAGUAUCUGUGACCUAAUGACUGGGAAGUGUCUGUGCCACCCAGGGUACCAGGGUGUCUCAUGUAACAAGCCCUGUGAAGCGGGGAAGUAUGACACUGAAUGUAAAAGGAGCUGUGGUCACUGUAAAGGCAACCAGCUUUGCUCUCCUACUGAUGGUGCGUGUGCUGCCUGUGAUCCCGGCUGGAAUGGUACACAAUGCGACCACCCCUGCCCGUCUGGUUUUUAUGGUGAUGGCUGCAAGGACAGGUGUCCACGAUGCAGGAAUAAUGAUUCCUGUGACCCAGAAACUGGGAAGUGUCAGAGGUGUGAUCCUGGAUGGACUGGACUCAGGUGUGAGGAGCUCUGCCCUGCCGGGAGAUUUGGAGACGCCUGCCGCUUCCCGUGUAGUCCUUGUUUUCAUGGUAACUGCCAUCACGUGACAGGAAGAUGUGUUUGUGAGCCAGGGUUUCAGGGGGAGAGCUGUAACAGCAGCUGCCCUGCCCUGCGGUUUGGCCUCAACUGUUCUUCUGUCUGCGACUGUGGUGAGGGGGUCGCCUGCGACUCUGUCACUGGAGCCUGUCCUAACACUGGCAGAGGUGCUUUGCUUGCAGGUGUACUGGUUCCUUGUUCCUGUUGCUUCUUGCUGUACUGUGCUGCUGUCUGUGUUGUGGAGGACGCCGGGCUGAUGAUAGAGACAAAGACAGAGCAAUUGUUGCUGAUGGUGGGGUUUUUGGUUCGAAUGAAGUAUCACGUUUACAGCGUUCUGGCAAAUAUUGGUGCUGCCCUGCCAUGUAUCUCUGCUGGUCCUCUGGCCUGCCUCGUGUCACCGGCUAUGGAGCAUUAA